AUGGCUUCCAGAAAGGUGGCAAUGCCCGUGCGAUGCGAGAGGAGGGAGGAACCGAGUUAUGAUGAUGAUGAUGAUGAUAAAGACGGCGAUAAUGCUCGGUCGGACCGGAAGAAAAGAAACCUUCGUCAGUCGGGCUCUAGCCCCACCUACGAAUCGGAUCAGCUUGCUUCGCGUGAACAGCAAGGUAAUCGUGCCUCCGCCUUCUCUGCAUUUCCACCAUCCGCAAGUCAAAACGUCCAAGGCUUCAACGGCCGUCAGAUGGCUCCAUCACCCAGCUCUGCCAUCAACUCGGCUCCAUCUCGCCCCUUCCAACCGAGUCAUGCUCACAGUCAGUCAACCAGCGUGCUGCUCAACUCUUCCUCUUCACGCCAGAUGUUCAAGCCUCAGUCACAACAGCAGCAACAACAAUCCUCCAACCGCUCUGGCAGCAUGCGUCCCAUGUCGGCCUUUCAGCCUCUAGACAAUCCCGACUACUAUGCUGGCGGAGGCGGCAGCUCCAGUCCCACAAUGUCGCAGCGUCCGCCUUCGCCCGCCGGUUCCACUGCCAGAUCCAUCCGCUCCACCCCCCAAACCCCACUCACCUUCAAAAGCCAAGAUCUGCGCAGCGCACUUGGUCUCCAGGAGUCGCAGCAAAAGAAGCUCUACAUGGAAGGCUAUCUCCUCAAGCGCGAUGACCUUGGCACCGAUGGAAAGCCUCUCCAUGUCGCCGAUGAGAAGCGUCGCUGGACCGAAUGCUUCGUUCAGCUCUCUGGAACCGUUCUCAGCCUGUGGAACGUCGAGCAGAUGCAGGAUGCUGCAAAGCGUGGCGCAGAGGUUCCACCCACCUACAUCAACAUCACCGACUCCUUUGUCGACUUCAUCGGCCUUCUCAUCGAGGACUCCAAACUCAUUCCAGGAAGCCGCGGCCGCUACCAUCACGCCUUCGCCAUCAACACGGCAGGCAACAACCGAACCAUCUUUUGCUUCCGUGACCCUCCUCCCUUCCCUCCCGAAUCGCUCGAGCAGUGGCUUGCUCCAGAGCAUCGACAAAAGCCAGAGCAUCGCACCGUCAUCGGCUGGCUCAACCUCGGUCACCGCCAUCUUCAGGCUUGGAUCAACGCCAUUCGCCUCGCCUCGUGGGAAAAGGUACGCCUCGAAGAGAUCUACACCGGUGCUCUCAUCCGCGCACGACUUGGCGCCGUCGGUUCUCCAGGCUCAGCUACUCCGGAUGCCAUCAAGGACCCUUCGUCCGUCAGUGCCGCCCAAAUGUCAAUCAAGUCUCCCCUCGUCAAAGGCAAGAUGGAAGGUUGGGUCAAGGCUCGCUUCAUGGGUUCCACCGAAUGGAAAAAGGUCUGGGUCGUCCUCACUGAUCACAAACCUGACGAGUCCGAAUUUGGCGCAAAGAAAAAGUUCUGGAAGAUCGGCUCUUCGGGCGGUGAUCGCUCCAGCAUCCUCAGCGUCAACAGCGUCUCCACCGCCGCGCCAGGAGCUCCCACCAACGACGGCAAGGAAUUGCCCCCGCCUCCCGGAAGCAACGGCGCACCCGGUGUGGCCAGCUUCUUCGAAUCCAAGAAGGACAAGAAGCCUUUCGCCAGCCUCAUCUAUGCUGCUCAUGCCUUUGCCGUCUAUCCUUCCCGCCCCGAGCUCGUGGAAGGCUCGAGUCUCUUCAAGAUUGAGGGUGUAUUCCCCUCAAGCUCCGUCCUCUCCGCUACACACCGCGUUCGCAGUACAGGCUGGGUCAUGCUCAUGCCCGAGCUCGAGACCGCCGGCAGCAAAGGUGCCAACGCAGAGAUGAUGAAGUGGCUCAUCGCCUUCAUGGACUGCUUCAAACUCUACGGUCGACCCGAGACGUUUGUUUGGGAGGCGCGCGAUCCCAUCUCGCCAUUCUUUGCCUAUCCCAUCGGUCCUUUCAAGGAUCGUCUCUUCCUCGACAGGGAGCUUGCCGAGUUCCUCGAGAUUGCUCGAGAAGACCACCUCACGACCCGAUCCUCGCUGCACGGCAUCAUGGCAGCUCGCAUGCGAGGCGAACGCACCAAGAUCCUUCAGCCGCUCCCAGCACCCUCGCAGAUUGCGCUCGCUCCGCAAGCAAGCGCUGUCACCCAGACCGACGACGACGACGAGCCUCGAUCCUCUUCCCGAGCCAGCGCAACUCCAUCUGCCUCGCAGCUGCCACCUCUCGAUUUUGCCUCUGCCCAAAAGCAACCUCCCACAGCGGGUGCUCCCAUGGUCGCCAACGGCUCCAAUACCUCGGCGCGCUCUUCCGAUCAGAUCGGCAGAGUCUCACAGGCCUUCAGAGAUCCUGUCAGAGGCGACGCAACAGAUGGAGAGUCUGCACGAGCAGCGUCCCUCGAGUCCGACUCAACGCGCCCACCUGUCGGACUUCGUCCUGGACAGCCGGACGCGGUGCAACCAAUUCUGCGAGAUGCAUACAGCACGCAAGCCGCGCAGGCCCCUGCGUCAACGCCUGCAGCUCCUGUUGCCGCGGCGCCGGUCAACAAUGCAGCUACUGUCCCUCAAGCUGCACAAGUCCCGCCUGCUUCACAGUCCAGCACACCUUUCAUUUCGAGGGGCCAUCAAGAAGAACUGUCCAGCAUCCGUGCCCUGCCUAGUCCUUCGACCACCCAGCCUCCUCCUUCACAAGGUGUGCAACCUGCGCUUCAGACUGCACCCGCUGCGGCAUCCUCGCUCGCUUACCUUUCGCCCACAGACAAGGCCCCAGCUAUGCCGCCUUCCUCCGAGACUUCGACGGCUACCACGCCUCGACCCGCAGCCGUGUUUGGCCCGUCUGGCCGCGGAGCAGAUCAGAACGUUUCUGAACAGCCUCGCUCAACCAAGCGCGACUCUGAGCUGUCCACCAACUACGACGAGAGCGCCCUAUUCUACAUGGCUUCCAUCUCCGAUCAGCUUCCUGCCGCCACCUCGCAGCCUGUGGUCAUGUCUGCGCCGAGCCGCCACGUCGUCACAAAGGAAAGCUCUCAGGCUUCUCGCCCUCAGAGUCUGGCGCCUGCUUCCGAGUCCACCUCGGCCAUUCACUCGGAGAACACACACACCACGCGCUUGUCCUCGGAUCAGCCACAGCAAGCACCUGCUCUUCCUGUUCAGCCUGAGCAGAACAAGCCCGACAACUCGGCUGGCGCACGCUCCAACCCGACGCAGGACGACACCAUCAACGACGACGCUCUCGCCGCGUACUCGUUUUUGGAACAACCCCCUUCGCCGGCUCUGCCAACCAACGAGAUUUCUCACAAGCCUGUUGCGGCAGAGCGUAGCCCUGUCUCGUCCACCACGUCUUCGACGCUACCGGCGCAACCUGCAACGAAUGCAGCUAUAUCGCAGCAGAACUCCGUCGACAGCACCUAUGGCGUGCGUCCGGGUGCCAGCCAGUAUCCCUCCACCUUUGGACAGAACAAGAGGGCGGCCGAACGCAAGUCUGCAGCGCAGCUUCAGGCCCAGGCGCACCAGGAAGCUCUUUCGCGACCUGGUCGUGCCGGCGUUACCAAACCGAAGGGUAUUCGCCGUCCUGGUUGGGUAGACGAUAGCGAGGAGGAAGAGGACGAGGAAGAGGACGAGGAGGAGGAAGAUGAGAGUCGCGAAAAUGCGCGAAACUCAACACAACUUGCCCCAGCUGUCGGCACUGUUCGCUCCGCUGCCAGCUCGAAUCGAGGUGGCCCAGGCACGGAAUCCCCCGUCAACCUCGCCGACUCUGUUGGCAGCCUUGGCCGCACCAACGACGCAGCAUCACAAGUGGCCGGAGGCAACUUCCCGCGCUCUCCCUCUGGCUACGGCGCUAGCAUGCUGGGUGGCUCGCGUGCCGACUCGCCAGGUCGAUCGCCUGCACGAGGAGGCGUAGCCACGCACCCAUCCAUCCAGGCAUAUCAGCGCCAAUCCAUGUUCAACAACCACCUCAGUGCUGCUCACGGAGACGAUUCUCGAUCCAACACACCGCCUCAGGGUCCUGUGGUGCGCGAUCGUCAGACGUUCUUGCAGCUCAAGCCGGAAGAGCAGCCUGGCGCCAUGACGACCGUCUUCACUCCCCACGGUCUGGUGCAAGCCGGAGCGCAAGACAAGGCGGAGCGAUCGGCCAAGGCGCAAGAGGCAGAGGCGAGAGCCAUGGGCAGCCACAUGGUCAACGUGCCCAACAAGCCUCCUCCUCCUCAGGCGGGUCUCUUGGGCGCCAUCACGGCCCACGAGCGCGAUCGCAAGGGCGCCGGUGGCUUCGGUGCCACGCUCACCGAGCGUGAGCGUGAGCGUGUCGCAGCCGAGCGACGCCAGCGCGAGGAAGAUGCGCUCCGACAGCAACAGCAACAGGCGCAGCAGCAGCAGCAGAUGCAACAGAUGCAGCAGAUGGCCUACUUCAACCCGAUGCUGUACCAGCAGAUGAUGAUGGGCGGUAUGAUGGGCGGAAUGGGAGGCAUGGGCAUGAUGGGCAUGGGUAUGCCGCAGAUGGGCGGCUUUGCAGGCUCGCAGAUGGGCGCUGGCAGUCAGAUGGGAGGUAUGGGCGGUGGCUUCGACCCGAUGAUGGCUCAGCAGCAAGCGAUGCAGGCGGCGCAGAUGGCGUACAUGUCGGCGCUCUCGCAGGCUCAUCAGGAAGGAUCUGUGAUCGGACACGGAUCGAUGAUGGGACACGGUUCGCCCGGUGCCACCCCGGCAUCGACCAUGGGGAUGCCGAUGGGCAGUAUGCCGUUCAUGGCGAGCCCGCACAUGAGCAUGAUGGGCGCACCUUAUCCCGGAUUCAUGACGCAAUCGGCGAUGGGUGGUGUCACGCCGUCGGAAUUCGGAGCUGGCGGUGCAAGCCCGUCACCGCGACCACCAUCCACCAAGCCGAACGGUCAAGGCAACAACUGA